UCUGAUAUAUCUUAGGACUCUAUCUUCAGCUAGCCUAUUUGAAUUAAUGAAUACAGAAUUAAGAAUGGAGGCGAAAGGCGCAACGAGUGCAAUAACGAUUGCCGAACAAAUAGUAGGAAGAUGCCUGUCUAUGUGUCCGGAAAAAGAGCGACUUAUGAGAGAACGAGCAGGUUUGUUACACAAAUAUGAAAUUGAUGAGGGAAUGAAACACAUGAAAAAACCCAAAGCUGAUCCAGCAAAGAUUAUAAAAUGCUUCAGUCGCUCUGCUGCUGGACAAGUUAUGACCGAUCCAAAUAUGUUGCGUCCUCCACAUGUAUUAUUGUCCACUGUCCGAUACUUGUUCACCAAGAUAAUUACACAAACUGAUUUAGAUUGGGUAUUGAUAUAUGAUUUUGUAUUUGAUAGAUUAAGGUCAGUACGACAAGAUGCAGUAAUACAAAGAGUUGAUACUGUCACAAGUAUUCUCCUUCUUGAGCCAAUUAUUCGAUUUCAUAUAUAUGCUGCACAGAGGCUAUGUGAAAGAGACAUUUCAGAAUUUGAUGCAAAAAUAAAUAGCAAACAUCUAUUUGAAUGUAUCAAGCGAUUACUUAUAUUAUAUGAUCGACAAAAUAAAAAUGUAACCAAUAAUACAGAAGUACAUAAAGAUUUUGAAAAAUUAGCAUUAGACAAUAGCCGAUCAGAAAUGGAAGCUGUAUAUAUUCUUCUUCAUAUUGGAGAUUGUGAGGCUUUAAAAAGAGCUUUUACCCUUCCAUCUGAUUUAAAAAAAUCACCAGCAAUUCAGUUAGCCACAAAAAUAUCACUUGCUUGGUAUUUAAGAAACUAUGUUUGUAUUUGUCAUUUGGUUGGACAGUUACCCCCCAUAUUAGCUUGUGCAUUCUUUUGUAAUUUGCAGAGCUUCAGAAGAAAUGUUCUACAAAUCAUGAGUUCUGGCUACAAUAACAGAGUAUUGACAUUUCCGGGACAAAAAUUACAAGAACUUUUAUUUUAUAAAGAUAUAAGCAAAAUCCAAGCGGAUUGUAAAUUAUUUGGCUUGACGUUUACCAACGAAAAUGUUUUAUUUCAAAAAUCGCAGUUCAACGAACAAAUCUUACUAGCCAAUCCUGAAAUGUAUUACACUUCUGCGACGUUACAUAAAUUUAUACCAAAAAUUCUUUUGGAAUGUACCUCUAACGAUGAAUGUUGAAAUAAUAUUUACAUAUAUCAAAUGUUUUC